CAAGGUAGAUUUCUAGAGAGCUUAUAUAACGCAACUUUGAUAAGAAUAUGUAUAAAAUGAGCAGAAUAACAGUGCGGACACGGGCAUUUGAGUUGGACAACCAUGGCGCGCGUGGCAGUAGCACUCACCCUAUUCUUGGCUCUCGCCAAUGGCCAGGGCACAUUUCGACUCUCUAACUACUACCAAAAUGACAUGGUCCUGCAGAUGGCACCAAAGAGGUCACUUAUUUGGGGAUUUGGCGAAGUUGGAGCUCGCAUUGAGGUCAAUUAUGAAAACAUUCAAAUCGUCGCUGGCGUAGAUGCUGACGGCACAUGGAAAGUGUCUAUUCCUGAGCACGAUGCAGGUGGCCCAAUAAACUUUGAAAUCAUUCAUAACAACGUGGACACGAUCAACUUGUCUGCCUGGUUUGGCGACGUGUGGGUCUGCAGCGGCCAGAGCAACAUGGAGAUGACCAUCAACCAAAUUUACAACGCCACUGAGGAGACGAACACUGCCAUCACCUACCAGAACAUCCGCCUGCUGCAACUGGCGAAUUCUUUCUCUUUAGACACCGAGCUGGCCGAAGCAACCAGCUACUCCAUCCCUUGGGGCGCCCCCAGUGCAUCUAACGUCCCUGGAUUUUCCGCCCUUUGCCUUCUUUUUGGCGAACGCUUGUCUCAAGCCCUGGGCAACUCGCGCCCCAUUGGCCUGAUCGACUCUACUUGGGGUGGAACUCGCAUCGAGGCUUGGUUCUCACAAAGAGUUCCCAUCUACUGUCUCACUCCUCCAAAUGACGGAACUGACGCUAACUCCGAGUCUGCCUUGUGGAACGCUAUGAUCGCCCCUCUGACCAAGACCUCAGUGCGGGGAGCCAUCUGGUACCAGGGAGAGAGCAACGUCGGUUGGAACCCUGGCUACUACGCCUGCCACAUUGCUGCCUUGAUCGAGGACUGGAAAAACACUUUCUACGAUGCUAAAGUGGCCGCCGAGAACGGUGUUGCUUUUCCUUUCGGAGUUGUUCAGAUUGGACCCACUGAGCGCGGAGAGGACUACGCCUGGGGCGCCCUCCGUUUCCACCAAACCGCCGACCGUGGUGUCAUACCCAGCGCUUUCAUCCCUGAAGGCUUCUUUGCCACUGCUUACGACUUGACUGACCGAGAUGCCCCCACUGGAGACAUUCACCCCAGAGAUAAGCAGACUGUCGCUGACCGCUUGUCCAACUCGGCUCGCAAAUUGAUCUACGCAGAAACCUUCAGUGCAAACGGCCCCGUUCCCAUCGACUCUUUCUUCGAAUCUCCAGACCGUUACGUUAUCGUCUAUGACAGAAAUAUUAGGAUUGCCGGCACAGAGGGAUUCGCUUUCCAAAGGGCUGAUGGCACGUGGAGUCCUACCACCAUCGCCACAUCCACUGCCAACUCCGUUUUUGUGGCAGUUGAUGCCGAUGCCGUCCUCCUCACUUACGCCUACAGGGCCACCGUGUGCGAGUAUAAACAGUGCGCCGUUUACUCCAAUGACGCGGAAGAUCUUCCAGCUCAGGUCUGGAACUGGGACCUAACUCAGGCACGUCGUCUUUAAGCUAUAAAGGAAUUUGUUUUUAAAACAAUAAAUGAUUUUAUACAAAACAUAUAAUAA